AUUAAAAAAUCAAAUCUGACAUAUUUUGAAAUCUGAAUUGACGUAUUCCUACAUUGAAAAUUGAAGUUACUAUUCAAUUUUGUACACAGUACAUUGUACAUAUUCAAAAAUGACGAUUUAUAAUAUGUAUAUUUUUGAUCGUUAUGGCACUUUACUUUAUUACGGUGAAUGGAAUAGGACCAAACAAUCUGGAAUGUCCAGGGAGGAGGAGGGCAAGUUGAUGUAUGGAAUGCUGUUUUCAAUCAAAUCUUUUGUGACAAAGAUAUCGCCAUUGGAUCCCAAAGAUGGUUUCAUCAAUUAUAGAACUUCGAAAUACACUCUGCAUUGCUUAGAAACUCCUUCGGGUCUCAAAUUCGUUGUCAACACAGAUAAUCAAGCUCAGGGAAUCAGAGAACUGUUGAAAAAGAUCUAUUCAGAUAUCUAUGUUAAAUAUGUAAUACGAAAUCCAUUGUGUGGUAUAGGCGAACCAAUUAUUAGUGAAUUAUUUAAAAAUAAGUUAGAUGUAUUUAUUAAACAGGCUCCUUUAACUGCUGUAAGAGCAUCUUGAAGAUGAAUUGUUAUUCAUCAUAAGUUAUUUCUUAAAAUGGUAUUUUUCUUAAAGAAAUAUUGCUGGAUUGCAAAUACAUGAUGAAAACUCCAUGAAGUAGCAUGAGUGCAUCAUCUUUAUAAGAGAAGUUACUAUUUUGUAUUCAAACAUUUACCAACAGUUUCUAUAGCCGUUGAUUAUAAGGUUUUGAUUAUACCAUUAUAUAUACCAUUUCCAAUUUCAAUAUUUCUCCAAUCUUAUUUCAUGAAAAAAUUGAUUUUUAAGUAAAAAAUUCUGAUAACUAAUUAAAUUACAUAUUUCACCAUGAAGAAGUAAUGAGUUUUAAGUCAUAUAAUAUGU